AUUUUUGCCAGAGUACAGAAUGGACUUUAUUGGAAGACGAUACUAUAAGAUCAAUAAAUUUGCGCUGAAUUUUCUUGGAUUGUGGCCAUCUCAGGCAAAAACAAAGCGCAUAAAAAUUCGAGUUAUAUUCAUCUAUACUAUGUGUUUAACCUUUUUAUUUUUUCAGUUAUGUACAUUGGUUACUUCCAAGUAUAAUCUGGCUCUGGUUCUUAAAGUUUUUUCUCAUUUCUUGCCUUCUUUCAUUUAUACUGUGAAGUACAAUGCUUAUUAUAUUAAUACUAAAAGUGUUAAAUUAUUCAUGAUUGAAAUACAAAAUGACUGGAAUGCUUUAAAUGACAAGAAGGAAAUCGAAAUAAUCGAAAAAUACGCUUAUUUCAUGCAUGUUUUUACGGGAAUUAUUAUGCUAUUUACUUGUACCUGUUUGAUCGGCUUUAUCUUUGUGGAAUUCUUGCCAAUUAUACUCGAUAUUGUUGUGCCAUUGAAUGUAUCUCGACCGCAUGACGCCCAUGUUACAACGGAAUAUUUUAUCGAUCGCGAAAAGUAUUCCGUUCUUAUAAUAUUACAUGAAGUUGUUACGGUUUCCGCAGGAGGCUUAACAAUGGCUGCUACCGGAACAAUGAUUAUGGCUUAUGCACAACAUGCUUGUAGUUUAAUGAAGAUUGUUUGCUAUCGUAUGGAACAUGUGUUAAACGAGAAUAUGCUGCAACAUUCUAAUCCUCGAAUAGAACGCAUAAUCUGCAACAGAAUAAUACACGCCGUAAAUUUGCACAAGAGAGCUCUAAAAUUCGUUGAUCUAAUUUUGUCAGCUUUUGCGAUAUCAUAUUCUGUUUUAAUUAUCAGCGGUGUUGCUUCCAUAAGCCUUAAUUUAUAUCGCCUUCUUCAACCGUAUAUGAGACAUGACAUUACAGAAUUGUUUUCAACUAUUAUACUCCUUCUGGCUCAUUUGGUUUAUAUGUUUAUGGCCAAUUAUGUUGGUCAAGUAGUAAUAAAUCAUAAUGACGAUAUUUUUACUACAACAUGUAAUGUAUUAUGGUACAUUGCUCCAUUGCCAUCGCAAAGGAUGCUACUGUUUUUAAUGCAUCGAAUGAUGAAAAGUUUGAAACUAGUUGUCUGCAGUUUGUUCGUGGCAUCGCUGGAAGGUUUUGCCACGCUUUCCACCACAGCGUUGUCUUACUUAACAGUACUCUAUUCUAUAAAAUAACAAUGUAAUUGUUGGGACACUUAUUCGCCAUGCUAAUGCACAUACAACGUUACAAGAGAAAUUCAAUAGUACUAUACAUUGAAAAUCACAGAGGUAUGAAAUUAUAAACAAUAUUAUAUCUUAUAUAAACUUGUACUUAAUAGUAUAGUGUUUACAACUUCAAACAUUGUCUCAUUAAACCUUUUAUCGGUGAUUUCGUACAACAUCACGAGUUUAAAAUUAUCCUAUAAGUCACUUUAAUUCUAAAGAUAAUAAACAUUUUACUAGCACUUGUGGUAAUCUUCUCUGCAGUUUCAUUUUGUAUCUCUAAGUUAUAUUAAGAAAUAUCAAUAGAUAUUAUAAAGCCGAAGUUACCAAAGUAUAUCUAUUAAAUCAAUUAGAUCAAGGAGUGUAAAAGAAUUUCACAUAUAAUAAUGAUAAGAUAAUAAAUAUAUUAUUUCUUA